GGUUAUGAAUCCGUCGAGUCACGCACCUCUCUAGAAGAAAAACUGCUAAGAUGGAACCCAAAGAUAUGUGAUGCACCUCUCGAACUCAUUGAUGAAUUGGUUCGAGUUUUCAUGCCUCUGCGAGGACACUUCCAUUUCAACGUCAAUGUGAUGGAUUUCAUGUCCCGCCUACAUCUUCCACAAGAUGAUCCGCGAGCUAUCCAUCCUUGCCUUAUUUCCGCCAUUUGUCUCGCAGCAUGUUCGUUCAUACUGCCACUUGGGUCUGAUUCCCCAUCGUUCACCCUGCCUGUGCCAUCUGGUUCAACAAAAGACUCCGGCCCACAGCCAUAUAUGGCCGGUGCCUCUCCAGCAGACACCACCGGCACAUCUUCCACAUCCUCCUCUGCAUACACUCCGUCUAGUUCGUCGACAAGCUGGACUUCUUCCCCUUCCUCCACGGCUACCACUUUUGACAGUCCUUCUCCCUGUCCCGAACCGCCCACACUUUCCGCGUAUGAGCCUCACUUCCUCGACCUCACUCGCAUUCACCUCACUUCAUCCCUUUCACUGUGUGACCGGCUCUCGCAUUUCAUCUGGGCGAGCAUCAUCCUUGGGUGCUACUAUGGUCAGGUUGGUCGUGUUGUGGAAUCCUAUAGCACCAUGGGCGCCACCGUGCGUUUCGCUGUUGCAUGUGGAUUACACCGACGGCCGUACUUACCCUCUCGAACAACUAUCGCGAAGACAAGGGAUCCGAGUAAAAUUGGCGAAGAGGAGGGCAGUGUCAAUGCGAUCGAUUUACCGGAUACGGACACGAUUUUGACCGAUGAGCCAAAUGCUAUGUGGUAUGCCAUUUACAUGACAGAUGCUGCUAUCAGUGCGGGGACUGGUUUGCCAUCAAGUUUGCCAGUUGACCCUUACGUCAUUCGAAGCCCUUUACCCACCGCAGUCAAUAUCGGUAUGGUCACACGUUCUCCCAUCAGUGAGCUCGGACUCCUUUAACACUCCUGUGUAGAUACGUGGCCCCUAUGGCAGUGCAUUGUGGUUCAACGUCAAGGUCAUAUGCCUGUACGCGAAGACACGCGAAUUUCUAUAUGCAUUGGGAGGUCUGUACUGUGGCCGAGUUCUGUCGAUGGGUUUCUAAGCUGUGUUGAUCACUUCAGACCGAAAGCCG